GUAGCGUUAAAUUCGUCAUGGGAACAGCUCCCUAUGAUUGGUCAUCGCCCAGCGGUCGCCGCUGGUGAUUUGCAUAAAGUUGGGAAAAGUWUUUUUUUCACCUUCUAAAGGUCCCCCUCUCUCUCAACUUUCCUUCCAUUGAAAUGAAUGUGAAGCGGUGUUUCACCGCGCGGCCAAUGCUGGAGGUGAAUGCUAAUUGGAAKCGUUUUUGGAGUUGCCUAAUUGGAACCGCAAUUUAGAACAAUGACGGACUCAACAGACUCAGACCGGUUGAGCACCAUCCUGGAUCCGACUAUUGACCAUCCGUUGACUGUGAACGGCCAGUGCGACCCGACAGAUCAACAGCCACCCCAAAUCAACAGCCACCCUAAAUUCAAGCUGGACCAGGAGAUGAACAUUAGCGAUAGCGUGGAGGGGCAAGGCUUACUGGAGAGCAGCAUGAGGCUGAAGCCCGAUGAAGCUCAAAGAUACCGCAAGAAAGCAUUGUGGGUCUCCUGGGUUUCCAUCUUUGUGACGCUGAUCCUGGCAGUAGCAGCUUUCACUGUUUCCUUCAUGGGACACAGUGCCUCGGCUUUCGGAUUCGCUUUUGAUGCCGCCCUGGACGUGCUGUCCUCCAUCAUCGUGGUGUGGCGCUAUAGUAAUGCCUCCACCAUUCACUCUGCACACAGGGAGUACAUAGCCUGUGUGAUCCUGGGUGUGGUCUUCAUCCUGUCCUCCCUGUGUAUCCUGGGAAAGGCAAUCCAUGACCUGGCUACCAAGCUAAUGCCUGAAGUGGAUGACUUCCUCUUCAGUGUGUCCAUCGUCAGUGGCGUGAUGUGUGUCAUUCUGGCCGUGGUCAAGUUCAUGCUGGGUAGGGUGCUCACUAGCAGCGCCCUCAUCACAGACGGUUUCAACUCCCUGGUGGGCGGAGUCAUGGGCUUCUCCAUCCUAAUCAGUGCCACGGUGUUCAAGCACGAUCCCAAAGUGUGGUACCUGGACGGGUCCAUAGGGGUCCUGAUAGGUCUCAUCAUCCUGGCCUACGGGGUCAAGUAAGUGGGCUGCUGGUUGAUAUGGUCCCUCGAGUGCGACAGACGAGGAACUACGGGCGCUUUGAGUGACAGAAGACCACGGAAGGGCAGUGAGGGCUCCGAGGGGGAUGGAUUCUAGGUUAUGUACAGUAGAAGUACGUCCAGUGUCUGUUCUAGGGUAUGUAUAUCUACGCCCAGUCCCUAUCCAGCUCAGCUCCAUUCUUCCUGGUAGAUCUCUCCAGUCUCCAUGAUAACCUAUUGAUUGGUUUAGACCUCAAGGUGCCAGCCCAGUGGCAUUUUAGUUAGACCCAAGUGGUCCAUCUGACUCCGAACCUGAUCUGUCCAUAUGAGUCAUUACAAAGUCAAUGAGAAGACAGACGUUUCCCUCUAUCUCCUCCUCUACCGAAGCAGGGGGAGGUGGAAGGACAGAAGAACGUGCGCUGCUGAGUCGUCAGGAAAUUGUCACUGCCGCUACAAAGGCACUGCACCGUCUCCACUGAUUAGUCUGGUGUUCGUUCAUAUCUCUAUCUCCCCUUGGACAAGAUGGCUGAUUCAGAUAUGCAUUGUAGGAUCUCAGUCCUUAUGAGAUUUCAAUGGUUUCUAAUAGGCGCUUUCUUUUGAUCAGUAACACUGUGUGUCCCAAAUGGCACCAUAUUCCCUUUAUAGGGCACUACUUUUGACCACCCUAUUCCCUUUUAUUGCACUACUUUUGACCAUGGCCCAUAAAAAGUGCUUCAAUUAGGGCGGCAUUUAGCACAUACGCCUAUUUCUGUUUGACACCACUGAUCAAAGUAGAUGUGUUGCUAUUAUUUAGUCAUGAUGUAGUAGGGGUGGCAGGUAGCCUAGUGGUUAGAGCGUUGGGCCAGUAACCGAAGGGUUGCUAGAUCGAAUCCCCAAGCUAAAAAUGAAUCCCCAAGCUAAAAAUGUCGUUCUGCCCCUGAACAAGGCAGUUAACCCACUGUAAAUAAGAAUUUGUUCAUAACAGACUUGCCUAGUUAAAUAAAGGUAAAAUAAAAAUGGUCGGUAAAGUAUCGCUUAGUGUGGUAGUUGCUACUAUUAGUAGCAGUAGGACAUGUUUUCUAUCCCCAAAAAAAUCUGCAGGGAAAAUAGAUUUCUGAGAUGCCCAUUGUAUUAUCAAUUGUAGACAGUACAGCAGUACAGUAUGUGCAAUAGCAACAUGACAUAAGACUCUUAUCUAUGGCUUGUGUCCCAAAUGGCACCCUAUUCCCAACAUAGUCACUAUGGGCCCUGCUCAAAAGUAAUACACUAUAGGGAAUAGGGUACUAUUUGGGACAAAACCUGUAUAAUUUGAUUAGUGAAUAUGAAAGCACAAAUGUCCCUGUCACCAGCUCAUGUAUGGAAUCGGUGUUUGCUUUAUUGCUUAAGGGGUGUUGAAUAAAAGCUUGUGGCAGACCAUCAACAAACAACAUGACUGGAGCCAAAGACUCUAGCCAGAAUUUACUACUCUGGAAUUAAAACAAGUCUUUCUGUGCACUACAGCCAAAUCGGUUGGCUAGAACACAAGUCAUCUCUUUUUAGGCCAUUCCCUCUUCCUUAAUUCCUUAACAAGAUCUGAGGGGGCAAAUGCGGUCUUCCUGGCAAGUAAAUAUACCAUAUAAUUAUGUUUUAAGCUUUCAUAAUCUGCCACGCUGGAUGUAAUUGUAGAUGAAGGAUAUACACUACAUGACCAAAAGUAUGUGGACACCUGCUCGUCGAACAUCUCAUUCAAAAAUCAUGGGCAUUAAGAUGGAUUUGGG